ACGUUUCUGGAAAGCUAUGGAGGACACCAAAACGCGAGGGCGCGUAACGAUCAAAUUUUAUUUAUAACGUCAUAGUUCAAACUUCCGAUAGCAGGCCUUCUUUUCAGGUAGUAUUGACGGUUGUUGUUUGUAGACAUUAGGUAUCAGCUGGUUGGUUGGAUUAGUAUGAAUGACGUAACAAACUUUUGAAGAUUGGGCAUUAGUGUUUUUCUUCGUACAUUUGAAAGAAUUUAGUUUUAAACUCAAUAUUGUACAGUCUUAAAAUCAGUCUUGUCACUUUUUUAGUGUAGUGUAGAGGUGUUACGUGUUGUUUCGUUUUACUGUCAACAGUGUUUUAACCAAUUUCAAAAUGAGUGAAACCAACUAUACUUUAGAUGGACAGUUAGAAAGUAGAAUUGGCAGUGAUCCAGAUCUGUAUGAAAAUCCAGUGGAGAUCAGUGAAGGCAAUCAUUCGAAUUUGAGAAAUCCUUUUGAUACAAGUGAUGAUGUUGAAACUUCUGGCACUGAUGAGAUAAUUUUGUGUUUAUUUUACCGCAAAAGUAAGUUGGCAGCUGCUGCAUAUUUUGCAGAAACUUCAGAAUUGCAUUUAAUGUAUGAUAUGACAGACUUGGCUCCUGACUUUAGACUGUUGGAUAUGCUCUUUCUUCAGCUAAAACCAACCCAAGUUGUAACAAGCCCUUCCAUAUCAGACCCAUUCCUUCGCAAGAUUCAUUCUCUGAUGUCAGGUGAAGAAAUUCCUAUUUCCCCGACAAUAGAUCCACCUUCAUUUUCCAACAAAUUUCACUUUAUUCCUGCCAAAGAAUUCCGAUUCACCACCUGUAAGCGGGCAGUACUGGAGCUAAAGCUACCCAGCGAGCCAGAGCAUGCUACAGAGGCUGACAGACACAACCAUGUGUUGUCUAUGAUCAAUAUGAAUGCUCCAGUACUAGUGUCAGCAGUCGGUGGGCUGUUAUACUUCCUGCAGCGCUCUAUCGCCCGCCUCAGCAUCACGAACCUGCAAACCCCUGUGCUGAGUAUUCACACUCUUUCAUUGAAGAACCUAGUUUGGAUAGAUGAAGAGACAAUCCGUGCCCUGCAGAUAUUCGCUCCUAUGGCUCACCCGUCUUCUUACAAGUGGUUUCCUGGAGCUAGUAAGGAAGGCCUUAGUGUGUUCUCAUUACUCAACAGGUGCCAUUCUACGGCCGGUGCCAAAUACAUGAGAGUGAUGCUCUCACAGCCUACACGUGACAUGGAUGUACUUAAUACUAGACAUCAGGUGAUAAUGUUCUGUCUCAAACCAACCAAUGAGCAGGUGGUCAAAUCCUUGACUGACUCCAUUGUACAUGUAAAGACUGUAAUG